CAGUUUCUCUUUAGUCUUCGCGCAGUCCACCCGGUUUUCGUGGGAGGAACCUCCGAUUUUUGGUAGCCACGGUUGAACUGUUGGCAUUAUUGAAACGAUUAUUCGGACAAGAACACCUAUUUAAGACGACCAAGCAAAGUGUUUGACUUACGCGGCAUUUCGUGUAUCGUCAACUCUUCAGAAAAGGAAGAAAUAAAAUUUUCUCUCUGAAGUAAGGAAACAGCUACUUUCAAAAUGGUUAACAUUGUGGACAGCGGCUCCAAGCAUGCGCCGCAGGAAAUGGAGCAAUUCCUGCCCGGCGAAGGAAAAGUCAUGUACAAAAUCCAGCCCCGCAAGUCGGACACCGAGCAGGCCUUGGCUGGAAAUGACUUCGAUCCCUUUGCCCUGCGAGACAACGAGCAUCCCACAACGGAUAAUGAAACCCUCACGCAUUUGCUUAAGGCCUCCUUGGGCACUGGUAUUCUGGGAAUGCCAGUGGCUUUCAUGUACUCCGGACUCGUCAUGGGUAUCUUCACCACCAUCUUCACCGCCUUCAUUUGCACGCACUGCAGUUACAUUCUGGUAAAAUGUGGUCACAAGCUGUACUACCGGACACGUCGCACCAAGAUGACCUUUGCCGAGAUCGCCGAGGCAGCCUUCCAGAAAGGACCGAAGUGGUGCCGCGGAUUCGCUCCGGUGGCCAAGUUCUCCAUCCUGUUCGGUCUCUUUCUGACCUACUUCGGCACCUGCUCGGUGUACACGGUGAUCGUGGCUUCGAACUUCGAGCAGUUGAUCAACUACUGGACGGGAACGGAGAUCAGUCUGCGGCUGCUGAUUUGUGCACUGCUGAUACCCCUGAUCCUCAUUGCCUGGGUGCCGAAUCUCAAGUACCUGGCGCCCGUUUCGAUGGUGGCCAACUUGUUCAUGGGCCUGGGACUGGCCAUUACGUUCUACUACCUGGUGCAGGAUCUGCCCCCCGUUCAGGAACGCGAAUUCGUAGUGUGGGGCACCCUGCCGCAGUUCUUCUCGAUCACCAUCUUUGCCAUGGAGGCCAUCGGUGUGGUGAUGCCGUUGGAGAACAACAUGAAGACGCCGCAGAAGUUCCUCGGCAUCUGCGGUGUGCUCAGCCAGGGAAUGUCCGGCGUGACCCUGAUCUAUAUGCUCCUGGGAUUCCUUGGCUAUCUGCGAUAUGGUUCUGCCACCGAACAGAGCAUUGCUCUGAAUCUUCCCAUCGAGGAGUGGCCCGCCCAGGCGGUCAAGGUGCUCAUCUCCCUCGCCGUCUACUGUACAUUCGGACUGCAGUUCUUCGUCUGCCUGGAGAUCGUGUGGGAUAGCAUCAAGGAGAAGUGCACGAAGCGUCCCAAUGUGGUCAACUAUGUCCUGCGCACCGUGCUGGUCACCGCUGCCGUAGUUCUGGCCGUUGCCGUUCCCACAAUUGGUCCCUUCAUGGGUCUCAUCGGUGCCUUCUGCUUCUCCAUCCUUGGAUUGAUUUUCCCUGUAAUCAUUGAACUGAUUGUCCAUUGGGAGACUGGCUUCGGUAAAUUCAACUGGAUUCUGUGGAAGAACAUCUUCAUCACCUUGUGCGGCAUUGGAGCUCUGAUCUUCGGCUCCCUGGCGGCCAUUGAGGACAUCCUGAAAGCCUACGCUCCCAAGGAUGCCGCCGUAACCCUUAAGAACUAAAAAGGGAAUCCUACUACUAUCUACAUAGAAGAAAACCACAUAGCUGAAGACGAGCUAGAAGAGAGGCUCUGCUUCUUAGAACCAUCAUCUAACUAUUGUUAGAUGUAAAACUGCGCCCACAUUUUGUACAUUUUGUCUGUUGCUUAGUGUCUGUUUUGAGAACCGAAAGGGAUUUACUAUUCACUAAGCGAGUGUCCACUGUAUUUAGCACACUCUUGAGCACCACUAUGCCGUUUCAGCACGUUUUAGUACACUUGCAAUUAUAUACAUUAGAGGGUAAGCUAGUUGAUGGCCAUCGCGAAAACUUUUAGAACAGACUAAAAAGCGAUUCAAGCGGCUUUCAAACUGUAACUGUACUAAGUGCACUUCAUUUGUUUCCUAUUGAUUUUAGUACGAUUUAGUACAGAGCUAUAAAAGACUUGUGUAGCAACCGGUAAACUAGAGGAAAAGCUCGCCCCGCCCCCUUCCUUCGAAAGAAAACCCCUUUCUCUCUGUUCUAAAAGAGUAUUACUAAAAGCAAAAACCAAAACUGAAGCCAUCAUUUCAUGCCUAAUUUUCCCCUUUUUUUAAUUUUGUUCCGUAGCAAAUGAUAUGCGUACAUUAUUUAACUUUUUUAGCAUGUUUAGUUCGUAAGCAUUAGAACGAUUGCAAAGGAGCCUUUGCAAUCAAUCAGUUCCAAUUAUGAUGAGCUAAAUUACUCAAAGAAUACCAUUUUUAUACGAAAUCUAGCAGAGUAAUAAGUUACAUUGAAUUACCCCGAUAUUUACUUUGUGUAAACAUAUUUUUUUGUUGCAUACAUAUUUUUGUAUUUUAAUGAUAGCUUUACACGAGAAAAAAUACUUAGCGAAACUAUAAAGUAAAUAAAAAAGUGAAACAUUAAAUUUAUAAACAUUUUAUUUUGCAUUUAAAAUCCUGUGAAGGCAACGAAACAGUUUUAAUUGUAAAAUGAAGAAAAGUUGAACCGCAGACUUAUCCGUCAACUGUACAUAUGUAUAUUGAUAUGAUCGCAACGAGAACUAAGUAUAUCUGCCCAGAAAAGUAUUUCGAGUUGUCCAUAUUACAUAUUCAGAAGAACAAAGAUUGAUAUGAACGUUUACUUUUUUUGAAAAAUGUUUAAAUUGUAAAAGAAAACAAAAAGAAAUAAAUAUACACAGAAAAUUAAAAAAAAGAGAAUGUCAACCGAA